AUGGCCAGCCUCAGGUAUGUUCCUCAAUGCAAGGGUCUUCCCGCCUGUCAACUGGGCUCCAAUAUUGCUCCUACCGGUGCCCCAGUAUCUCAAAUCAGCGAUGGUCAGCCUCAGGCUCCCACUGGUGCCCCAGUGUCCCAGAUCAGUGACGGUCAACCUCAAGCACCUACCGGUGCUCCCGUAUCUCAAAUUAGCGAUGGUCAGCCGCAGGCUCCCACGGGUGCCCCGGUAAGUCAGAUCAGCGACGGCCAACCCCAGGCACCUACAGGAGCACCUGUUACCCAAAUCAGUGAUGGACAGCCUCAAGCGCCUACUGGAGUCCCUGUCACUCAGAUUAGCGAUGGUCAACCUCAAGCUCCCACGGGCGCCCCAGUGUCUCAAAUCAGUGACGGCCAAGUCCAGGCUGCCACCGGCACCAGCGCUGCACCCGCCGCUUAUACUGGUGCAGCGCACCGUAACGGCAUCUCUGGUGGUCUCGCAAUUGCAGGUGCUAUUGCAGGUGCGGUCAUCCUCAUUUAG